AUGGAAAAUUGCUUGCAAACCUUUAGGGCUGACAAGACCAAGAUCAAGGAUGGCGAAAAAGUUCCACCAAGCAGACAGAAGUGGAAUAAUCGUGACAUGGCUGUGGUGUUGAACUUCCGCAUCAUUCAUAAUCCCCUGCUUAUAAGUGAGCAUCCUCCCUGUUUCUCGCGCAAAAAAGCAUCGUCAGGGCCGGCUGAAGCCGAGUCUACAGCAACGCUCAAGUCAAAGUCCAAGACCAAGCGUGUGCGCAAGAAUCCAUCUUCCCAUGGUUCUUCUCUUCAAAAGAAGCAGCGAACUGAUUAA